AUGGACUACCAGCACCAACAACAACCCGGCUACGGCCCACCCCAGCCCGGCUAUGGUCCUCCUCCUCAGCAGCCUAUGGCCUACCAGCAGGCCCCUCCACCACCACCCGAAGAGCCCAAGAAGAGCCGAGGAUGUCUGACUGCCUGGUGA